AUGGAGCCCAUCGAUCCAGAUAAAAAUGAUACUAGACUGAAUUGCCCAUGCCGUCGUUGUUCAAUGCAAAAAAAUGCAAAUAAUUAUCCAAGAGAACGAAAUAAGAACUAUACAAACCUUCCGAUAUUGAAUAUUGAAAAAUUUCUUAAAUUAAAAGGUACAAAGUAUGAACGUAUUGUUUCUGAAGAAUAUCUUAUGGGUAAAUAUGGUGCAAGAAAAUCUCAUUACAUACUUGUAUUUAUUAAUUGCAUUCAUCAUAAGCUUGAAACAGGAGUGGCCAUGAUCCCAGACGAUCACACUGAUUCGUUAAGUCCUUGGGUGAAAUCAAAGUUAUUUCUUUUAUUAGUGACCUUGUCUCAAAGAGGUGGACCAGAAUAUUGGUCUGAUAAACUAGGCGCGAAUCCAACAGAAAGUAAGUUAGUUGAGAAUGAUAAUAAAAAUGCUAAAAAGCGGAAGAGAAGACCGUAUUACACAUUAACAGAACAUAUCAUGCGACGUAAUAUUAAACAAGACUUUUCUGAAUUAAAUUAUGAUGACAAUUAUGUUUUUUCCUCCAUUUGGGCAAAUUUUAUGGAAGGUUUGAUAAAUCAUUAUUUGGAACGUGUAAUUAUUCCCCACUCAGAAACAAAAGUUUGCCAACAAUUAUAUAAGCCAAUGAUGAAGAUUAUUUCAUUAUAUAAUGAGUAUAAUGAGCUUAUGGAAAAAAGUGAAAAAAAUGGAUUUUUACAAGAACCUGAAGAUGAAUUAAAAGAAAAUAUAGGCAAUGAUAUCGUUGCUCAUGAACGAUUAUACCGAGCACAGCAAUUACUAUGGCAAGCAAGACAAGAUAUACCAAAAACGAUAAGUAAAGAGCUGACUCUUUUAUCUGAAAUGUACUCAACAUUGUCUGCUGAUGAACAGGAUUACGAGUUAGAUGAAUUUGUAUGUUGUGCAGAGGAAUAUAUAGAAUUGGAAUAUUUACCUGCACUUAUUGAAAUUCUUUUUUCCAAUGCAACUUCCAUGUACUUUUGGAAAAUAAUGAUGGUUUUAGAGCCGUUUUUCUAUUAUAUUGAAGAUUCUGAAGAUUCUAGCAUAAUUGAUGAAUGCGAGGAAAAUAUCGAGCCAGAUAUGAUAGCGUCAGUGAAGGCAGAAGAUUAUAAAUCAGAUUCUGUUAGUACUAUAAAUACAAAUACCCAAAGACAGGAUCCUAGAGUUAUCACUCUAGAGAAAAUCUGUGAAGUUGCUGCCAGACAGAAAUGGAUCUGA